CGCCUGUUUUUCCAUUUUUCAUUAUUAUUGGGAUUUUCAGUUUUUGAUAAACGAGAAAUUGGAACCCCAAAGGAAAAAAAAGAAAAGAAAAAACACUCAUGUUUUGUUUGUAAGCGGCAAUUCGAAGCAGAUUCUUCUUCUUCUUCUUCUUCUUCUUCUUCUCCUCCAUUUUCCCAAUUCUUUCUUCUCCAUUUUCUAUUUUCUUUCUCUUUUUUUUUUUUCAAUUCUCAACAACUCUAAAUCACUUUCUCAUCCGAUUCAUCCUGUGGAAUUCAGGUGCUAAUCGAUUCAUGACUGGAGAAAUUCUCGAUCUCUAUACUGAAUUUUAGGUUAAAUCACUGAGAAUUGAACUUUCUUAGAAUUUGCAUUGAUUAUAAUUGAGGAUGGAGCUUCCUCAACCUCCUCGUCCUCUUGGAACCGAAGGACGGAAACCAACGCAUGACUUUCUAUCACUCUAUAGUCAUUCAACUGCUCAUCAACAAGAUCCAUCCCAGUCCUUUCAAGGGGGUUUCCUUAAAACGCAUGAUUUUCUCCGGCCGUUGGAACGGACUGGGAAGACAUGCGCCAAGGAAGAGAAAACAAUCAAUGUAUCCACUGUGGAACGAGCAGCGCCAACCUCGGGAACUCAGGCACAUAAUUCUCCUGCCGAGCGUUUAUUACCGGGUGGAAUCGGGACUUACAGUAUCAGCCACAUUUCUUAUUUCAACCAGAGGGUUCCAAAGCCGGAAGGGUCGGUAUUUCCAGUUCCUCAGGCCAGUAAUACUGACAAAAGUGAUGACAACUCCCAUUGUAGCUCUUUGUCUGGAAAUGGUUUCACGCUGUGGGAAGAAUCUGCUGUUAAAAAGGGAAAGACAAGGAAGGAGAAUUUGGGUGAAAAGCCCGGCUUAAAGGCAGAAUCACCCGCAAAGAUUGAGCAAUGGGCCGUUACAACAGAGCGGCCAAUACAAUCGUCGUCAAGCAACCAUCACAGUAGCUUCAGCUCUCUCUCCCCGUCUCAGCCUUCAGGCCAGCAGAGCCGGAGCUUCGGUGAGAUGUUAAAGUCCACAGUCAAUGUUUCCUCCACGGAAGAGGAACUAGACGACGACAAGGCAUUUGUUAUUAAGAAGGAAUCAUCACCGUCCACUGCCUAUAAAGGUGACUUGAAGAUAAAUAUUGGUGGAAAAUGCUCUGAUCAGAAGGCUAAUACGCCGAGAUCCAAACAUUCUGCAACAGAACAGCGUCGAAGGAGCAAAAUUAAUGAUAGAUUUCAGAAGCUGAGAGAACUAAUUCCUCGUAGUGAUCAGAAGAGAGACAAGGCAUCUUUCUUAUUAGAGGUUAUCGAGUACAUUCAAUUUUUACAAGAAAAGGUUCGCAAAUAUGAAAGCUCACCACCGCAAGGAUGGUAUCAUGAACCAGCGAAAUUGAUCCCCUGUAGAAACAAUUGCAAUCCAGCACAAUGUUACAUCGAUCAAUCUCAAAUAGCAAAGAGCGGCCCUGUGUUUAUAUUUGCUGGAUCUGACGAGAAAAAUAUGUGUCACUCCCCAGCAUUUCCCAGGUGCUCGCACAACCCAGUAGAAUCUGAAGUUAGUACUUCCACCACCUUCCGAGAAGUGGAUCAACACCCUGGAACAAAUAACAAAACGUCUUAUCCAAUGUUGGAACCACGCCAUUUCACAUCUGUCAUAAGUGAAGGUGCAAAAACUAGACUCCAUUCCCAAGUAGCACAUAAUGCAGACAAUAAACCUUAUGAAAUGCAACCACUAUCGUGCGAGGUGAGAUCAUGUACUACCAACAUUGUUGAUGUCAACAAUAAGCUGAAAGAACCCGAGCAGAGGAUUGAUGGUGGUAGAAUUAGCAUCUCAGGUGCAUAUUCUCAAGGGUUGUUAAAAAUUCUCACACAAGCGCUACAAAGUUCUGGAGUGGAUAUGUCACAGGCCAGCGUUGCGGUGCAAAUAGAACUUGGAAAGAGAACGAAUUACAGAGAAACUGUCCCUACUCCUAUUGUGGUAAACAAGAAUUGCAUAUACUACGACGACGAUUCAGCUCGCCCAAGUGAGAGAAGGAGCGUCGGUACAAGAGUUGUAGCUGGAGAGGAGAUGGAGCAGGCAUUAAGAAAGAAGCAAAAGACAUGAAAGAAAGAGAAUGAUAUAACAAACAAGUAUUCUUCUCCCGUCAAUUCUAUUUAUUAUCACUUCAUUUUUACCGUUCCAUUUCUUCGCUGGGGCGUUUAUGGCAUCUGACCAAUAUUUAAUUGAUUGUAAAUUAGGUUAGUUCAUUUUCUAGUUUUGAAUUUUUUUUUUCUUUUGGGCAUUCCCCAUUUGAUUAUGGUGAAGUAUGUAGCUGCUCUGCUUUAGAAAGUUAGGCUUAGAUGCCCCUUUAUACAAGGGCUUAAAUUGGAUGUAAAGGUGUGUAAACCUCUUUGCUUAUUUCUGGGAAUGAAUCAAAAUAAUAAAAACAUGUAUAGUUUCCUCUUCAACCAAA